AUGGUGGGCAAGAAAUCCGGCAAGGCGAUGAUGCGGGAAGAGGGAUUGGCAAAGACAGACAAUGGUCUGGACCUCUCGACAUGGCCGCAAGUGAAUAUGAUCAAUCAGAAGAACUACUACACUGAAUACUUGAAACGCGACGAUCAAUACCUUGCCUACCGAACACAGAAUGAAGACAGCCGCGCACGACAUCUACAAACCGCACGAGAAAACAAAGACCGAGGCGCCCUAGCUCAGACCGGUGAUAUGGUAGAUACUACAGAGCUAGCAGAUGACAUCAAUGAUAUGGAGAGUGGCGCACUGGGCUCACAGGAUGUUCUCGGAUCUAAGUUGGUAGUGAUACAUGUCGGUAGCCAAAACCUAAGGGUAGGACUUGGUAACGAUGCUCUCCCAAAGACGGUACCUAUGGUAAUCGCGCGGCAAUGGAAGGAGAAUGAGUCUGAAGAGGGCGACGGCGAACCGGCACCCAAAAGAAUCAAAAUUGAUGGCGAGAUACCGGAGAAAAUGGACAAGUGGUUUGGAGAGGACUUCAAGAAGGAAUUUGCGAGCAUGUCUGCAGACCUCAAAACCCAGAUGCGGAACAACAAAAGGAGGCUCUUACCAAACUCUAAGGAGUUGGUCCUCAAUUUCAACAAGAGGCAUGAACCCGACGUCAUCACGGAGCAUAACGAUCCACACCGCAUAGAGUGGACCGAGAUCCCUUCCAAACAGCCACCCGAAUAUAUCACUGGAGAAGCCGCUUUACGGAUACCUGAAGGCUCGAAGCCCCGGUACAAACUUUUCUGGCCCAUACGGAACGGUUGUUUCAACGAAGUCGACUAUGCAAACAAGAACCUGUUAUACAACGAUUUCACGACAAUACUGGAAGAAAGUAUCAAUAACCUACUUGGUUUAUCGCACCGGAAAGAUUGGGCACAGUAUAGCUGUGUCUUCAUAAUACCGGAUCUCUACGAACGGACUUAUGUUCAGACGGUACUCAGCAUACUGAUCAGAGACCUUGGAUUUGGGCGCGUCUGCUUUCAACAGGAAAGUCUUUCGGCUACUUUCGGCGCUGGGUACUCCAUAUCCUGCAUCGUCGAUAUAGGACAUCAGAAAACUUCCAUUUGCUGCGUAGACGAAGGACUUUGUGCUGAAGACUCGCGAAUCAAUAUGAAGUACGGCGGUGCAGAUGUCACCGAAACAUUCGUUAGGAUGAUGCUACAUGAUCAAUUUCCGUAUAGAGAUAUCAAUCUCAGGCGGCGUUACGACUUCCUAUUGGCAGAGGAAUUGAAAAGAAAGUUUUGCACCAUGCAAGAACAGGAUAUAACCGUUCAUGGCUGGGAGUUCCAUCUUAGAGCCUUUGGACAGGAUACGAGGAAAUACGAAUUUAGAACAUACGACGAAGUCAUGUUGGCGCCUCUGGGCUUCUUUCGACCUACAAUUUUUGAUCACACAAAGAAGCUAGAGUGUCGCCGGAAGUUGAUUGACCGUUCAUAUGAUUUAUACGAUGGAUCGCCCAAUGACCCACUGUCCCCGGCGCAAGCCACAGUCAUACAAUUUGCAGCUGAGAAAUACUCAAAUAUGACAGAAAAUGGUACACAAUCAACAACAGAGACUUCAGCAGCGGCUGCUGUAACCUCUACGCCGAGCCGUCAAGCCCACUUUAGUCUUCUCUCUCGCCUCAACGAAGUUGAAAACACUCCUCGCUCGUCAAUCGCCGGAUCUCCAGCACCGGAAGGCACACCACAACAAGCUGGCGCGUCCUCAGCAGUUGAUGCAACAAAUGACGCCACUGAUGCAGGCAAAAUAUUCUUUGACCCUACCCUAGAAAAGAUCCGUGCCGCUGAAGAGAGGGACAAGACUCUACCAGUCAUGCCACUUGACAUGGCUAUAAUUGCAUCAAUAACGCAAGGAGCUCGUGGCGACGAGCGCAAAAUGCGAGACUUCUUUGGAGGCAUUAUGCUCAUCGGCGGCGGCGGUGCUAUGCCCGGGUUCGGUACUGUGCUCGAAGAUCGACUGCGUGCGCUCAAGCCUGGUUUCCAGAAAGAAAUCUUGAUAGGUCCGCCGCCUAGGGAGCUGGAUCCUCAGGUCGUCGUUUGGAAAGGAGGCAGUGUGUUUGGGAAGCUUAGCCCCAACGGAAACGACAGUUGGAUCACAAUGAAGGAGUAUGAUACCCUGGGCCACAGGUUAUUGGUCCACAAGUGCAUGUUCCCGUGGUAG